AUCAAAUUCGAGUGUACGUCCAUGGCAAGUGCCUGGUGUAGACUCGGAGCAUUCGUAUGUUUUGCAAGUGCCAUGCCGAGACCUUUAGAGGCACAAUUCUUCCGCGGAGGGAUUUGUGAGGGUCUCCCUCGCUGUAGUCUCCAAUGUCACUGCCGUCGGGGGGUUCGUUGUCCCCGUUGCUGUCUCGAGUGAUCCGUGGCUAGUCCCCCUGAUCGUGUCAAGAAGCGACGAGGCAUGGCGCAUUGCCCAACAUGGCGACAGUUCUGUUCAGAACAGGUAUCUUAGGUCUCCGAGCUACUUGUAAACAGGAUAUCCGUCUCUCCCAAACAAUUAGAUCUUUCCAUUCCAAUUUUCGCACUUUGAACAUGGCUACAGUCGAGUCUUACGAAAUCCACUACUGGCCUAUCCAUGGUCGCUCGGAUGUGUCUCGAAUGCUCCUUGAGGCUGCGGGAAAGCCUUACAAGAACGUGUUCAUUGGCAGUGCAGAGUGGGCUACCCUUAAGAAGCAACAACGUUUCGGCCACACGCCUUGGCUUGUUGUGAAAUACACCGACGGCACCUCGAAAACUCUCUGGGAACAGCUUGCCAUCGAUGUUUACCUCGCCGAAACAUUCGGUUUCAUGCCAUCAACUGAAGCUGGAGAGGAUGAGGCAUUUUCCCGUGCUUUCUGCGUUGCCCACCACACCUCUUGGCUCGAGCUUUCAGACAAGUUCGGUGUCGCCAUGGGCCUUCCUACUCUCGAAGAGCGGAGGGAGCAGAUUAACAAGCUGAGAAACGACGUUGCUCCUUUACACAUGAGCUUCCACGAGAAGAUCCUUGCAGAGAGUAAGGGGCCAUUCUACUACGGCGAGAAGCCCACCCUCCCUGAUUUCAUGGCACUCUCCACUUACCUCCGCAUGGAAGAGCUCCUCGGGGAAUGCUCACACGAGCAGUUCCCCAACCUCCUGAAACUCAACGAGGCUGUCCUUAAAGUCCCUCACGUUGCUGACUACGUCCAGAAACGACGUGACUUUGGUGUCAUCAGGUUCGACAAAGACCAGUUGAAGGGAGUGCCGGCGAAGCAAUGAUCGCUUUGCGUGAGAGGUUUUGUUGGAGAAUCUUAAUUUAUCUCUUGUACAGUACAUAGAACUUCAUCUAUAUUGCAUAUCAGCUAUCAGGGU